GACGCGCUGUACCUCUUCGAGCUCGCCACGCCGACCUCCCCGAAGCUUCUGGUGAGGCGGCCCGUGGGCGAGGGCGUGAUUGAAUUCGUUCGUCUCGGCGCCGACGGAGCGGUUGUUGGAGGGGCGUCCGCCAGCAACAACAACCACCAGGACAGAUCCAGAUCGCGCUCCAGGUCGCGGUCGAGAUCAGCCUCGCCGAGGAGAGGUGCGCAGAAGCCUGCCGACGACGCGCCCGCCAAG